GUAGGUGUACGUUUGAAGCUAGUCUAUAGUUACCGUAAAACAUCAUCAACGCAAUGCUGUUGUCAGUUGUGAUUUUAAUUUGCUUGGCUUCAGUUGCAACCGGUCAGGAGAAAAGAAUUCUACUUGAGGACAACUAUUACACCCUCGUCGCUAGACUUGAUGCGUUGGAAAAGCAAGUCAGUAGACUGGACGGUUUAGAGCAACACGUCAAUGCAGUUGAAGCGGAGCUGGCUAGCUUGAAACAAAAUGCCCUUGUUGUUAAAGGGCAGGACGAAAGAAUACUUAUUGAUGACAAUUAUUACACCAUCGUCUCCCGACUUGAUGCGUUGGAAAAACAAGUCGAUAGACUCAAUGUGGUUGAAGCGGAACUGGCCAGCUUAAAACAAAAUGUAAAAAACAAUCCGAAAGUGGUGUUUAUGGCGGAACUCACCCAGACUGUGACGGGCACCAACCACCACAUUUAUUUCGACAAGGUGACUUUGAACGAGGGCAACGCGUACAAUCCCCACCACGGCACCUUCGUCGCUCCUGUCAACGGGACUUACCAGUUCACCAUAACAACAUGUUCUACGGGCGGGCACUACAACAUCCUCGACCUUGUAGCUAACACUGAGGUUGUAGGAAGAGUGACUUGUGGAGAUACAACCUACGUCGAAUGUACAUCGAACACGUUUUACGUUAUAUUGAACUCUUGCGAUGAUGUCUACGUGAGGCAUCAAGCCGAUGGCGACUUCAUUUACGCCAGUGGACGCUUAGGCUUGCCUGUUUUUGGAGGAGUUUUAUUGCAUACAAAUUAAAUCACUAUGCCAGUGAGUUUAACAUAUCUGAUACAACGGAAUAUUGGUGGUGACCUUAACACAUCAAUAAAACAGACAAGGAAAA